AUGGGUGAUAAGAGACAUAAGCAAAGUAAAGCAGAUAUAGCUAAGCAAUUUGAUCUGCCUGAGCGCCAGUCGAAGAUAACCACUUUACUUAAUCAAGCUGGUCAGGCAUAUUGUAUAUGCCGCUCCUCAGACAGCUCGCGUUUUAUGAUAGCAUGUGACUCUUGCGAGGAAUGGUAUCAUGGUGACUGUAUCAAUAUAUCUGAGCGGGAGGCAAAGUAUAUCAAAAACUAUUUUUGUGACCGGUGCCGUGAAGAAGACCCUACUCUCAAAACUAGAUUUAGACCCCAAAAGAGAGAAAAUGAUGGAGACAUAGCAAGUGAUGCAAACUCAUCUCGAGAUGAUAGAAAAAAGAAACGUAAAGAAAAGGAUCAUUCAGAGAAUAAAUCGUCAAAGAGACCGAGCAUUAAAGACAAAGAUGGUUGCGGAGAUUGUUCUGGUUGUCUACAGAUCCAUGACUGUGGACAUUGUGACGCAUGUGAAAACAUGUAUAAGUAUGGAAGCGCUAACAAGACGAAACUCAAGUGUAAAAUGAAAAUGUGCAUCAAGAGUAAAAAGACAUCUCGACAAUCUAGUAGUAGCAACAGAGCGAAGAAGAAGCACCAUGAGCGGUCGGAGCACUCUCCGGAGGAGUCUUUAGCGCAUCUACAAACGGCCGGGCCUCGCCAGUGCUACGGGCCGCAGUGCGUGCGCGCUGCUCAGUUUGCAUCUAAGUACUGUUCCGCGCAGUGUGGCAUGAGGCUUGCCACUGCAAGGAUCUACCAGGUGCUGCCGCAGCGCAUCCAGGAGUGGUCGCUGUCGUCGUGCGUGGCGGAGCAGCAGAACCGCAAGGCGCUGGAGGUGGUGCGCGGCGGGCUGGCGCGCGCGCAGGCGGCGCUCCGCGCGCUCGACGCGCAGCACCGCGACCUCGACGCGCUGCGGGCGCGCGCGCACUCCGCCACCAUACUGCACACCGACGACAAGGACGCAGACGACGAAACUUCAAUGUAUUGCAUCACCUGCGGUCACGAGAUCCACUCCCGCACGGCUGUGAAGCACAUGGAGAAAUGCUUCGUGAAGUACGAAGCGCAAGCGUCCUUCGGCAGCCGACAUCGCACGCGCAUCGACGGGCAGAGCAUGUUUUGCGAUUACUAUAACCCUGUCAACGGCACUUACUGUAAAAGAUUGAGGGUGAUGUGCCCUGAACACUUUAAAGAUCCUAAAGUGAGUGACCAAGACGUGUGCGGCUGCCCCCUAGUGCGCAACGUGUUCGACCCAACUGGCGAGUUUUGCCGAGCGCCUAAGAAGUCAUGCUUAAAGCACUACCAAUGGGAGAAGUUAAGAAGAGCGGAGAUUGAUAUGGAGAGAGUGAGGCAAUGGUUGAAACUGGAUGAAUUGGUUGAACAGGAGAGGAGUAUCAGACUAGCGAUGGCUUCGAGGGCGGGAGUCCUCGGUCUAAUGCUCCACUCAACAUACAACCACGAAGUCAUGGAGCGUAUCACGACAAAAGCGACUGAAAACGGAAAACUAAAGGAGGGAUCCUGA